AUGAAGACCUCUGUUCCCCUUCUCACAAUUCUUUCUGCCUCCUUUGUGGCAGCGGCCCCAGCACCUUUUGCAGGCAAUGGACCAGCAAUCGCUGCUCGCGCCCAGGACGGGGCUAUUACCAACCUGAACUUGGGCCGUCGCGAAGAGGUUGUGCACAAGUUUGGCGAAAAGGCCCUAAAGCUCCGCGGUGUGCUAUUGGCCGCACGGGGUAGUAUGGCUAAGAAUAAUGCUAAUGCAGAAGAUGCUGCUGCUGCUGCGGAUGGCAACGCUAAAGACCAGGCAGCGCAGGAUGCUGCCGCUGCUGCGGAAGAGGAACAAGCCCAGGGAAAUGGCAAGGGAAAUGGCAAGAACAACGCCAAGGAUCAAGCCGCCCAGGAAGCCGCUGCAGCCCAAGAUAAACAAGCAGCAGAGGAUGCUCAGGCACAGCAAGACCAGGCUGCUGCUGGAGGCAUGAAGCAGGACAAGGCUGCCGAUGGGGCUGCUGCUGCCGAUGACCAAAAGGCAGCAGCUGAGCAGAAGGCGGCGGCCGAGCAAAAAGCAGCAGAGGAGCAAGCUGCAGCCGACCAAAAGGCAGCGGCCGAGCAGGAGGCUGCUCAGAUGGAGCAGGCGGUAGCAGAGCAACCAAACAAUGCCACUAUGGGAGCCGAUCACCAAGCUGCUGCUGACCAGAAAGCCGCCGCUGAACAAGCUGCCGCCGAACAGGAAGCCGCUCAAAAGGAGAAGCAGAAGGGUGCUGCUGCCGACCAAGCUGCCGCCGACCAAGCCGCUGCUGACCACAAGGCUGCUGCCGACCAAGCUGCCGCCGAACAGGAAGCCGCUCAAAUGGAGAAGCAAAAGGGUGCUGCUGCCGACCAAGCUGCCGCCGACCAAGCCGCUGCUGACCACAAGGCUGCUGCCGACCAAGCUGCUGCCGAACAGGAAGCCGCUCAAAUGGAGAAGCAAAAGGGUGCUGCCGCCGAACAAGCUGCCGCCGAACAAGAGGCCGCUCAAAUGGAGAAGCAGAAGGGUGCUGCCGCCGACCAAGCUGCUGCUGAACAAGAGGCCGCUCAAAUGGAGAAGCAGAAGGGUGCUGCUAACGACCAAGCUGCCGCUGACCAAGCUGCCGCCGAACAAGAGGCCGCUCAAAUGGAGAAGCAAAAGGGUGCUGCCGCCGACCAAGCUGCUGCUGAACAAGAGGCCGCUCAAAUGGAGAAGCAGAAGGGUGCUGCUAACGACCAAGCUGCCGCUGACCAAGCUGCCGCCGAACAAGAGGCCGCUCAAAUGGAGAAGCAGAAGGGUGCUGCCGCCGACCAAGCUGCCGCCGAACAGGAAGCCGCUCAAAUGGAGAAGCAAAAGGGUGCUGCAAACGACCAGGCCGCUGCUGAUGAACAAGCUGCCGCCGACCAGCAGAACAGCUGCAACAUCGGAGCUGAACAGGCUGCCCAAGAUGCUGCUAACCAGCAAGAGGAGUUGGCUAAGGGCAUGCAAGACGCUGCUGCUGGUGGAGCUGCUCAAGCAGGAAAUGCUACAGCUGGCGUUGGCGGUAACAACGGCAAGGGAAAAGGCAACGGCAAGGGUAAGGGUAAGGGAAAUGGCAAGGCCAACGGCAAGGGCAAUGGUGCCAACGCUCAAGAUGGAGCCGGUAGGGGUGCCGGUAUGGAUGCCGGCGCUGCCGCUGAUGCACAAGCUGGAGCUGAAGCCGAUGCUGCUAUGGGUGCCGACGCUCAAGCUGGUAAGGGCAAGGGUAAGGGUAAGGGUGCCGGCGCUGCUGCUGAGGCUGGCAAAGACGCUGGUAUGGGCGCCGACGCUGCCGCUGACGCUGAAGCUGGGGCCGCUGAAGGUGCUGGAGCUGCCAAAGAUGCUGGUAUGGGCGCCGACGCUGCCGCUGACGCUGAAGCUGGGGCCGCUGAAGGUGCUGGAGCUGCCAAAGAUGCUGGCAUGGGCGCUGCCGCAGACGCUGAGGCUGAGGCUGCUGCUGGAGCCCAACAGCACAAGGCUUCAGGCAUGAGGCGCAACGCGAAGAGGACAAUUGCCUUCCGUGCCUAA